CUCUCUCUCUCUCUCUCUCUUUCUCUCUCUCUCUCUCACAACACAACAAUAACAUACUGACUCUCUCACUCUACCCUAUAACUAGACAUAUAUAGUGUUUGUGGCCAUGGCAGCACAACCUCAAAAUCAAGUGUUGUUGUUGUUGUUGUUAAUGAGCACAAUAAUAAGCAUGGUGGUGGUGGUGGUGGUGGAAGGAGCAUCGUGGUGCGUGGCAAGGAGUGAUGCAAGCAACCAGGCAUUGCAAACAGCCUUAGACUAUGCAUGUGGGUCUGGUGCUGAUUGCACUCCUCUUCAGUCUAAUGGCCUUUGUUUCCUUCCUAACACCAUCCAAGCACACGCCUCUUAUGCUUUCAACAGCUACUUCCAACGAAAGGCCAUGGCUCCUGGUUCUUGUGACUUUUCUGCCACUGCCACCAUUGCUCAAACCGAUCCCAGUUAUGGAUCUUGUGUGUACCCAUCUUCAGUAAGCACGGCCGGAGGGACUAUUACACCAACAACACAAACUUCAAAUAACCCAACUACUCCAACGACGACGACUACAACACCUGCCAACGGUGGUUCUGGUGGACUAACUCCGGGAUUGACCCCGCCGUUCCCUGACAAUUCUAAAGCAUCUUUGGAGUACAUGAUCUCAUCAAUCUUAGUGCCUCUCUCCAUUCUACUUGUUCUUACCCUUACCUUUCAACCAAUGUAGGUGUUCUUAGAAACAUUAGAAUUGGCAGUGGAGAAGAGGCUUACACAGUUUUGUUAGAAGUUAAGCCUUCUUUGCCUACCACCAUUGAGAAUUAUAAAAUACAAUUUGAUCUUUUGAACUUUUUUAUCUACUCAUUCAAAUUGUUGUUCACUGGCUGGUUAUGAGAAGCUUAUUUGGCUUGGCGAGUUGGAGCCAAGCUAGGGUUUUAGGUAGGCUUUAUUAUGGCCCAAAGUUUGUAGGUCUUACAAAUUCAAUUCAAUAGUUCAAUUUAAUUAGUCU